AUGUCAGAUAAAUCGGAUCGUAUGCAAUCGCAUGAUAAACAUUGGCUUCUUUUCCAGUCGAAAUACAUCCAUCAAUAUUCAGAAGUGUUCCACGUUGCAACAAUCGGAAAAGAACCAAACGAGUUCGGGGAUCCAAUACCUGUUCAACAGUUGCUCGGUCGGCUCGAUCUUUCACACGUUUCCGUUUUCGAUCCUCGUUGGUGUCUGCAUGUCGCUCGACGUCAACUGUAA